AUGCAGGCGUCGGGCUUGUACCUCGAGCUCGUUGAUGAGCAGGGGAGCUACAUCGAGACGGUGGAGAGCGGGGGGAAGGUGUACGCGAUCGGGCGGCCUGGCAAGUCGUUUCAGGUGGAGUGCGGGCUGCUGGACGGCACGACGGGGGGGCCGUGGGUGGUUCACUUCUUGGGCGACAACUGGCGGAAGACCACGUUCCAGGGCUUCCUCACACACACGACAGCUGCGGACGCUGCUGGCACCCGUCAGUACACUUACAACAGCUUCGAGUUCGCUGCUGCCGUGGACGGAGAGGGCAGGAACGGUGGCUCGGAGGCGGGCCAGCCGGACAACGCGGGGCUGGUGGAGGUGUCCGUUUACAAAGCCGAAACGUAUCCGUGCCCGCUUGUUCACGGCGGACAGCACUGCCCCAAAUGCAGCAAGUCGACUGACUACACCAAGCCCGUCCUGACCGCGCGGAAGGGCAACGGCGGUCCGGAGAAGAAGUUCUUCCAGAAGCCUUCCUUGGGCGUCAAAGCGGGGGUCAGCAAACAGGCCUCAGGCACGAGACACGCAAGGCACGUGCAUUCCAGGAGCGUUGGCGAGCCGGUGGUGCUGCGGAUCCAGUGCGAGACGCGGUCGUGUCUGGAGCUGCGGGGCAUCCUCGAGCGGCCCCCCCCGGCGCCCCGCGCCGUCGCCCGCAACACCACCGGCAGGGCCGUGGGGGAGGACGUGAAGCCAGUGAUCUACAUCCUGGACUGA